AUGCACAAACCUUCAUUGGCUCAGAUUGUGCAUAGCGCAACCUUCCCACGCCCGCGCACGAGCGACCCGGCGACGUUUUCGGCGCAUAUCACUCGUAACCUAGUCCCAGAAGUUCGUAUAGAGACCUCAACCUUCUAUGGAUCGCUAGACAAAGUGGAGGCCCAAUACCCGGGCCUGGACUAUUCGUACGGACCCCAUCGCAUGAGACUAAGCCGGUUUCCUUGGCAUCGCCGACUAUUCAGGGUUUUCGAUGAGCUCGGUCUGACGGAGGCGGAGAUCUCUUCUUUGUGUCGCUGGGAAGGUACCAAGUCUGCACGUGAACGGUACGAGAAGGAAGAAGGUGUCAAGGUACAAGAUACAACUGCCGACGGUGUCAGGCCCGCGUCGCCCACCCCGUUGCCUUCUAUCGAAGUGAAUUACGAUGACGGUCCGGAACCGGUCAGAGAACAAGAGUCCAAGCCAGAAAUAUACGAGGAUGUUGUUCGCACCACUGCCACCAGCACGACUGACCGCGAUGUUGAAUGUGAGAUACAAACACUCGAGGUAGAGGAAGAGUCAAGUGACGAGGAAAUGGAGAGCUGUGGAGUAGAGUUGAACCACCGUAUCCUUGCGGCGAGCGCUGCUCGCGAGCAGGGGGUGAAUGUCCCGCUAGAUGAGGAUUGGGAGCAAUGGUUGAAGGAAGCUGGCGAACGUGGAAGCUACACUGACGUGCUCAAUGCAAUCCGAACGGGUCAGCCGUUGAAUUUCUUGUACGACAUGCCUUCUUCCAUACCCCAUGUGGGUAGAACUAGCACUCGGCACUCGGCAUCGUUCUCUAUUCUCCCAACUUCAUCCGGUAUCCUCGCCUCGAGUACAGUCAUCCGACGCCCUCCUCAUUCACCAUCUGGUGCUGCACGUUAG